GAGUCACUCGACAAGUUUUACGAUAAAAAAUUUUUUCAGUAAAUAAAACAUUCUGGUCGGUCUGUCUGUGUGUCAUAUUGUCUCCCCCUGUGUUGGUAUCCACUUGGAAAGUGGGAUUUCACAAAAAAACAGAUAAAAUAAAAGCGGUCCCCGAUGUGUUUAGAUAGCAAAUAGCACCUGUCACCCACCCCGGGGAGGAAAUUCACAGAAAACUACACGAAUUUCCCCCCCUCCAUACACAAAACUUCAAACAAAAAUCACCAAAAAAAGAAAAAAACCAGCACAACAACAACAACAAACAAUAAUAAUUACUACCACUAUCAUCAUCAAUUUAACAUCUAUAUAUAUGUAAAAAAAUAUAUAUGUAUAUAUAUACCUAUAAUUAUAUACAUAUAUAUAUAAUUACAAGAAAGGUGAAGCAUUCAACAAAUUCUGUUUGCAAAAAAAAACAUAUAUUCCGAAAUAUUCUGUGCUUUAUUGUUUUACGGUCGACAGAUCCAAUGGCCGGGAAAGGGUGGAGAAAAUUUGUGUUGGUGUUUUUUCGGUCGGUCGAGAUGAUAUGUUAAGACAGUCGAGACCGACAACCAAACUUCACCUUGACGCCAUAGUUUCUUCACAUCAAGUGAGUCCCUUCUUCAGAAUAUUUUCGCACCUGUCUCCAAUGAACCGUAUCUGUAUUCCUAGAGUCACAUAUUUUGACAAACUUUACCUGAAACUCCAGCACUUAUUCUGAAGAAUCUGCACUGAUGUCUUACAGCCUAAUUUUGAACUUUCUUCCCUAAAAUUAUUUUAGAGCCAUCUUGACAUCAGAGACCCUUUCUAGAAGAUUUAAUGUCUUGUUCUAUCUCUGAAGUGAUAUUUCCAGAAAUUUCACUGCCCUAAUUUUGAAGAACAUUCUUUAAAAUUCCAGUGACCCCACAAGAAAGAGGACCUUUCUGUAAUAUUUAUAACUUUAUCUUCCUCAAUUUUCUCUAAUAUUCUUUAAUCUUGAUGCUUAAGAACAUUCACUGAAAUUCUAAUAUAUUUAAUUAAUCAUUCUACCAAAAAAAAAAAAAAGAAAACUGGAUCUUCUCAAGUGGUCCUUAACCAAGAAAUAUUUUCUGCUGACAAAGUCUAAAUCAUUGGAAGACUGCCGCCAAACUGGGUGGUGUUUAAACAAACUAAGCCACCUUCUCAUGAAACAUAAGAUUCCUUUGCUCUGGUGCUUAACUCUGGUUUCUGUGGUAUCAAGUAGAUGAGAGAUAAAUCUCCCCCUGGACAUAAUAUUGCUAUGUGGAAUUUCCCAAGAAAUAUCAAGUAGUUAACCAUUAUGUAGUUGAAGUGGGACAUGUCAACAACAAUAACAUUUUCAGUGGUAUUUCCUCAGAAAAUAUCUAGAUACUUAUCUUCCUGCUGUGAAGGAAGACACAACAACCACAACAGGAACAACAACAUUUGUAGUGGAAAUUCUCCACAAAUGCCUCGUUGCCGGUCUUCAUGUAGAAAAAGCGACACAGACAUAAUAACAUCCUCUGCUUUGUGAUAGGAAGGGGCCAACUGUCCCAGAUCAAACAGUCCUCAUCUCUAAUACAUCUCUUCUCUUCACCAGAACUUUUUUUUUUUGCCCACCAUUUACACAAAUGUCACACAAGGACUACAUCAAUCACCAAAUGUGAUUCCAAUUAUAGAAAAUUAAUUAUAAUUUCUUCAUAUCUGGAAUAAUUUUCCUAGAAAUUUAUUUCUUGUUUAUUUUGAAAUUCAACAAUUCUUCCAUCAUACCAAGACGAAAGAUAAAAACUGUGUCUGUCAGUCAAGUUUGUAUCAUGUAACAAAAUUUGUGUUGAGGAAUAGAGAACCUGCUGCCACACACACACACACACACACACACACACACACAAUUUCUGUCACACAAGCUUACACCUGCAUUCAUACAACAUGUAAACAAUUUCACCAGUCCUUCUUCCCUGGAGCUGUGUCCCCCUCUGGAACUCACUCUUGGCCCAUGUAUUGUCCCUACCAAACUACAACGGUUUAAAUGGAAGAUUAAAUCUCACCCACCCCAUCUGGAAGAGGAUUGUUGAAAACAUUGCUAUGGCCACUGACUCUCCCCCUCACACUAAUUAAAAACCAUACACGCACACACACACACAUAAAGAGGCUCAUACAUACAUACAUACACACACACAUACAUGUAUAUACAUCUAGUUAUAUAUCAGCACAUAUAAAUAUUGCACACGCUUGAACACACUUUCCAAACAGCGUGCACAGACACAAACACAUUCAUAGCCAGACAACACACAUAUUUAAGGAACACAUACACAAUCACAAACCCACUAAUUACAAGUAGACAUUUACACAUACACACACAUACAGAAUCCAUUCACUAAAUAUAUACAAAUAGAAACACACACAACAUAGUCACACAGACACAAUCACAAAGUAUCACACACACAGACAGACAGACACACACACACACACACACACAUUGUCAAAACCACAACAACAGUUUCAAUCUUCUUAAACAAGUAUUUCAACCAACAAACAUGCUGUCAACAGAAGGAGGCCAUCUGAUAAUUAACCAAAAGUCAUAACUGUUUCUGUGAUAACUACAUCAGUUUCUAAUAACAAUCUAAUUAACAAUGUGUAAUUAAUUAUGUCUAAUCUCUCUAACCAAAUGUAUCCAUUCAAUAACCAAUACGGAUUAGAUUUACAUAAUCCUCCUGGAUUAUUCUAUGGAGGUGAAGACUCUUUGAAACUGAACCAACAUGAGAAUGGAUCGAAUGCAGAACAGGGCCAGCGACACACUGGCGGGAAGUCUUGUAGGUGUAACUUCUGCCAAAAAGGCUACCCCCAUACCAUGUCGGCUAAUCCAAGGAUGUCGUCUGAUGGUAACAGCGCAGCCAGCAGCAGCAACAACAGCAACGACAACAACAGCAACAUGUUGGAUUCUAUACAACAGCAGCAACAGCAGCCACCUCAUAGCAUGAAUCCUCUUCUCAAUUCCAGCUCAACUCAUUCGUUGCAGUCUCCACCUCACUCUGACAGCGCAAUUAUGAAUGGAAGUGACAAUGGAGACGAUACUGGCAAUGUGUCGAGUUUGAAAUCAACCCCACAUUCAAACACGACCAGAACUCCUCCUGUCUCUUCUUCCAACAACGUUAUCCCGCCCCUCUUAAUCCCCAAUGUCCCCACUUCUUCAAGCAACUCUGCAAAAUGCUUCUUCUGCACUUUCUGCAAGAAGGCGUUUGCUCAGCAAAUCCACUUGAAAAACCAUGAACUUACCCACACAGCAGGGGGCGAGUAUCAACAGAAACCUUACACGUGUGAGAUCUGUAAUAAGAGCUUCAACCUGCAAAUUAAUUUGAAGAAUCACCAGAGAAUACAUUCAGGGGAGAAACCAUUCACCUGUGUCGAGUGUGGGAAAGCCUUCAGCCAGCAAGGGAAUCUGAAGAUACACAUGAGAACACACACUGGCGAAAAGCCUUAUCAAUGCGAAUUAUGCCCGAAGGCAUUCAGCCAACGAACUAACUUGGAGAACCAUUGUCGUAUACAUACAGGUGACCUCUUUAGUUGCAUGACGUGUUCGAAGACUUUCACGUUGCAAAUUAACUUACGCAAUCAUGAACGCAUCCAUACUGGUGAGAAACCAUAUCUGUGUGGGUUUUGCCCCAAAGCGUUCAGUCAGCAAACGGCCCUGAAGAAUCACCACCGGACACACACCGGAGAAAAGCCUUACACAUGCUUAACAUGUGGGAAAGCUUUUAGCCAGCAAGGAAACUUGAAACUUCAUAUGAGAAAUCAUACUGGAGAGCGACCGUUUGUGUGUCAGACAUGUGGCAAAGCAUUUAGUCAACGUGUCAACUUGGAGGACCAUAAACGCCUGCACACCGGAGACAUGUUCUACUGUCAAUUCUGUAAGAAAGCCUUUGCCAAUGCUUUCUUCCUCCGCAACCACGAGCGUAUUCACACCGGUGAAAAGCCAUUCAAGUGUUCGUUUUGUCCUAAAGCGUUCAGUUUGCAGAUAAACAUGAAAAAUCAUAUGAGAACGCAUACUGGAGAGAAGCCGUUUAGGUGUUUAACUUGUGGGAAGUCUUUCAGUCAGCAAGGCAAUCUAAAGCUGCACAUGAGAACACACACAGGCGAGAAACCCUAUCAAUGUGAACUCUGUCCGAAGACGUUUAGUCAGAAGACAAACCUGGAUAACCAUAGGCGUAUUCAUAACGGGAACAUGUUUAAGUGUUCGAUGUGUUCAAAGGCAUUUACUCUUCAAAUCAGUUUGCAGAAUCAUGAACGCAUUCAUACUGGGGAGAAACCUUAUUAUUGCACUGUGUGUAACAAAACAUUUGCACAGCGUGGAAAUCUGAAAACUCACUUUCGCAUACACACGGGGGAGAAACCUUUUCAAUGUGACGUGUGUGGGAAAAGCUUCUCGCAGAGGGCCAACCUAAACAAUCACAAACGCACUCGCACUGGUUGUGAACUCUAUUCAAAGCCCUCGGCCACUGCUGGAUCGUCGGCCCUGACCAACUCUAAGGAAUCUAACAUAGGGAAAGACUAUACGUCCCCGCAAAUAGCUGACAGGUCGGGGUCGGAGAUAUCCUCCUCGAACCUGUCUCCUCCAUCGUUCCCUUGCAACACACGCAGGAGCCCACCGCCUAAGAAUAACAACCCUUCUUUGAAAUCCAGAGAUCCAUCACACACUGAAGGGAGCAGCACAAGCCAUCCGGAUGCCCCCAGUCAAACACACAUGAGGAGCCACAGCCACAGCAACAUGACCAGCAUCCUCCCCAGCCACCCGACCUCUCAGCCACAAAACCUUCAUCACAUGAACCCUAGAGACUCCAAGAAUCACAGUGUCCGACUCCAGGCCCCAUCGGUCACACCCAGCUGGAUGGCACCGGCCUACCUCCAUGAGAUACCCCCCAACUGGGAGAACAAUUACUUGUGGUCGCGCAGCUUCCCCAUCCCCCCUAUUUUGGGCACUGGCUGGCCCAACAUGUCCAGUAUCCCCAACAUACCCAACACCGUGUCAAACGGACACAAGCAACAGCACCACCCUAUCUCCAAUCACCCGCACUCUAUAUCCUCCUCGCUCCAUCCCAAUCGAAAAACAUAAAAAAAGACUCCUUUCCGUAGAUUUCUAAUAUUGAAUCCUGAAUCACUUGACAAUUGUCACCCUUGACCCAUGGGGUCAGAAAAUGUUAUGACUGUAACAUACAAGCAUACAUACACACACACAUGCACACACACACACACAAACACACACAUCACAUCAGUUAACAUACCAAAGUUGCAAUGGUAACCCACUGGUUACCGUAUCAAAGUUACCGUGGUAACAGACCAGUUAUCAUGUUAAGACCAGUUACUAUGGUAACACACCAGUUACUGCACCAAAGUUCCUAUGGUAACACCAGUUACUGCACCAAAGUUCCUAUGGUAACACUAGUUACUGCACCAAAGUUACUAUGGUAACAUACCAAUUACUGUACCAAAGUUACUAUGGUAACACACCAGUUCCCAUAGAACACAAGCUUCAUUUUCUCAACUGUUUUAGUAUAAACCUUCUUCACUUUAUAUUUGUCCCCUAACAUCAUUAAGAUGUGUUUGUCAUGAAAGCCGUAACCCAGCUUUAGUUGCCCACAUUCUGUGAGUGGCCAUGUUAUUAGGGCACACACACACACACAGACUCCCCACUUGUUAUGUUCCCCCCCACCACACUGUGAUGUCAACCAUUAUAUUUUUAGGGCACACACACACCCAUGAUCUAGGUUGUCCUCAAUGCGAGUUGAACCCGGAACAUUAUUAUUAUUACACAAUGAAAUGCUGUACAUUUGAGGAGGAGGAGGAGGAGGAGGAGGUGAAGGUGGAGGAGGGAUGGUAUGAGUGUUUGUGUAGACGGUCUGUUUUUUUGUUGUUGUUGUUGUUUUUUCUCCUUAAAGUGGACAGAGGAAUGCAAAAGGUCCUACCCGGAGUUGUUACCUGGUGGUGGUGGUGGUGGUGGUGGUGGUGGAUUUCCACGAGUGGUCAGAGAAGAUAACUUACUUUCAAAAAUCCCAUAUGUAUAUGUAUAUAUAUAUAUAUAUAUAUAUAUAUAUAUACACACACACAUACAUACAUACAUAUAUAUGUAUAUAGAUAGAUAGAGAUAUAGAUAUAUACAUAUACAUACAUAUAUAUAUAUGUAUAUGUGUAAGUGCAUAGGAGGUGCGAAACAAGGUGGAAAAAUUAGUACUCGAAAGACCAAAGAUGGAAUCACAGGAAACUUUGAGUAACAGUUUGUGAAGAUUCUUUUCAGCUUUAAUAAAAUUGUAUAUAUAUAUAUAUAUGUGUGUGUGUGUACACAUAUACAUGUGUGUGUGCGUGUGUACAUAAUGUUGGAUUUCUGGGGCAUUGUGGUGGAGAUGAAAGACAAGUAUGGUGGCAGUGGUGGUGGUUGUGGUGGUGAAGAAUUUGUUGUGGUGAUUAGGGAAAUAAUGGGGCUACAAUUUUUCCUUCUCUCUGAUAACUUUUUUACUUUCCAAAUGCUGACCUCAAGGGUUUACAUCAGAAACAAAGUAUUUUUUUCAGUAAAAUCUAGUAUCAGGGUCCUACGAAAUCCUUAGCAUUUGGAGGAACUGUUCAGCAGACCAAAAUAUUUAGUUUCCUGAGAAGAAGUCGGUGAAAUCGAAUGUUUCUUUACAAAAUGUAACAGCUUGAUCUGGUAUAAUUUCUCUUUUGUAGAAAAUCUAAUCUAUACUCCAGUUUUGGACAGUUUGUUACUAUAAAUAAAGACAGAAAAGUGGUGAUUGAGAAGCUCCCUUCUCAACCCUAUGGCUUGUGGGUUCAGUCCCACUGCGUGGCACCGUGAGCAAUUGUCUUCUACUAAAGCCUUGGGCUGACCAAAGCCCUGCUUUUGGAUUUGGAGAUGAAAACUACAAGAAGCCAUCCAUCUAUCUAUCUAUAUAUAUAGAUAGAUAGAUAGAUAUAGAUAUAUGUGUGUGUGUGUACAUAGAUAUAUAGACAGAUAUAUAUGAGUGUACAUAUGUAUCUAUAUAUGUGUAUGCACACACACACACAUAUAUAUAUAUAUAUAUAUUUAUACAUACAUGUAUCUGUUAUCUUUUAUAUGGCUAUGUGUAUCUUUCUUUGAUGUAUAUUUGUGAAAAAUGUAAAUGUAGUGAGGAAAAUGAUCAACUGAUGCUUUUGAACUAAAGUACUUGUAUUAUUUGUUCUUCCCCAGUUACACAGACACUCCCUUGGCACCAUUAUCAUUUAUAAAUGCAGUCAGCCUUCGAUUGACCCAUUAGAGGCAUCCCUUUCCGACAACAUUAUUGUGCACUGAAUGCUGUAUAAAUGAAAUAAAUCAUAGUCCUUGUCACCUCUAGAAAAAUGGGACUGUCAUGGUUGGACAUCCUUUGAUUAGAUCCUUGUGUCCUGCUAGAUUAGGGCUGACCUGAUGUUAAACUACAACUUAAUGUUCCUUCUCCUCCUCCUCCUCCUCUCUCUCUCUCUCUCUCUCUCAAUCUUUGUCCUCCUCCUCCUCUCUCUCUCUCUCUUUCUCAAUCUUUAUCCUCCUACUGUCUCACUUCUAAUGUCGCACUACCCCACCACAAUCCCACAACACACCACUGCCUUCAAACCACUGUGUGGGACGGCCUCUAUGUUGUCACUCAACCUACUAGAAAUAGCAGCCAAAUCUGUCACAAAAUUUCACUCUACUACAUUCAAAAAUGAAUAAUGCAUUUGGACAAUGUAGUUCAUUGGGCUGGGCCUGUAAAAGCCAGGGAAGUGUGUGAGGUGUCGGCCAGUAAAUCCCCUUGGGGCCUGCAGAACCAAAGAUGGGUCUAGGACUUUCUACAGGGCUCACUCUCUCAAAAACAAAACCCUCACAGCCCCCUUGAAUAUUGACAGGAUCCAUUCUUCAAAGACCUGAAAGCACUUUUAUUCUGCUUAACCAGAUUUAUCUUGGUGGUCCUUUCUUAGGAUAUACUCAGUUCCCCUUUCCCCCCAAAAAACAUGAUCAGGGCCGAGAGGCCUUCGAUGACAGAUCUGCCUGAUCAAAGCUUACCUGGACUAAACAACCAAAUCAAACCUGUCCCACCUUGGAAGGAAAAGCUCAUCGCAGAGUUAAAAUACAAAGAAAGAAUCUCUUUGAGAAAGAAGUAAAUCAUUUGGUUAAAAUUGUUUUGGAUUGGAAAAGAGUGAAUGGCUUCUUGCAGGAUUUAUAAAGGUGAGUAGUUCAAUACUGCAGGUUGCCUUUGGUGGGCAUUUUUGUUUUUUACAUCCAAGGGGAUUUUCAAACCCAAUAUAUUACAAACUGUUGUUUAGAGUGAUACUCACUUUAAGAUACUCCAUUAAAAGGAUUCCCCACCACCACCACCACUCACCUGUACAUAACUUCAUUGUCUCUGAGAUCCUCUCCUUUCCUGGCUCCAUACUGUCUCAGUACAAUCCACCACCACCUCCACCAACAACAACCUUCCACUUUUCCCUGCAGACUCUAUUCAAUGCUUCCACUCCAGAUUGUAUUACUCCCGGACUUUUCUGUCUGUGUCUUUCCUUACACCACCCUAAACGACCACAAGCUUUAAUUUUAUCUUCUCCACACCAUCACUUAUCCCCCUAUUUCUCACCAUAUUAUCGUUGAAUGACUUGAAAGGACUACGGGCCUGUCCCUCCUACUCAAACUAGCUAAUAAAUAAUAUGUAUUUGACUGAGAA